CAAUCCCAUUGCUCAUUCUUCCCUCAUCGCUUGCUAAAACCCUAGCCUCCUUUCACAUCGUUCUCCAUCUCUCUCCCUUCGUUUUGAUCUCGGAUUUGCAGGAGCAACGACCAGCUGUGGUGUGGUCCGAUUCAAUGGAGAACGAGGCCGGAACGGCGGGGGAAUCAGUGUUGUCAUGUGCCAAUUGCGGAAAGCCUGCCAGUCUUCAAUGUCCCAAGUGCCUGGAGCUAAAGCUACCUCGAGAAGAUGCUUCUUUCUGCACACAGGAUUGUUUUAAGGCAUCCUGGGCAUCUCAUAAGAAAGUGCACUUGAGAGCAAACCUAGCAGCUGCUGCACCAUCUGAACAAGUUCAAGAUGGUUGGCUAUAUUGCUUGAAGAAAGGUCAAGCUCGAACUUCUGAGCUUCCUUAUUAUGAUUGGUCCGGAACACUAAGGCCACACCGAAUAUCAACCAUGCGUUCUGUGCCCUUUACAAUUGAAAGGCCAGAUUGGGCAAAUGAUGGAAUCCCAAAAGUUGAGCCCAGUAGUGACUUGCAGAAUAUAGUGGAGAUCAAGACGCCGGAACAAAUUGAGAGAAUGAGAGAAACAUGCCGAAUUGCAAGGGAAGUACUAGAUGCAGCUGCUCGAGUUAUUCGACCUGGAAUUACAACUGAUGAAAUUGACAAAGUGGUCCAUGAUGCAACAAUUGCUGCUGGAGGAUAUCCAUCUCCACUUAAUUAUCAUUUCUUUCCUAAGUCUUGCUGCACGUCAGUAAAUGAGGUCAUCUGCCAUGGGAUUCCAGAUGCCAGGAAACUUGAGGAUGGAGACAUUGUUAAUGUUGAUGUUACUGUAUACUAUAAGGGUGUCCAUGGUGACUUAAAUGAAACAUAUUUUGUUGGGCAAGUGGAUGAUGUCUCUCAAAAGCUUGUUCGCUGCACAUAUGAGUGCUUAGAGAAAGCUAUUUCUAUAGUGAAACCUGGAGUUCGAUUCCGUGAAGUUGGAGAAGUUAUUAAUCGGCAUGCAUCAAUGUCAGGAUUCUCUGUGGUAAAAUCAUAUUGUGGCCAUGGUAUCGGAGAGCUAUUCCACUGCGCCCCAAACAUUCCUCAUUAUGGAAGAAACAAGGCUGUCGGAAUGAUGAAAGCUGGACAGACAUUUACCAUCGAACCUAUGAUUAAUGCAGGUGUAUGGCGUGACAGAUUAUGGCCUGAUGGAUGGACAGCAGUUACCGCAGACGGCAAGCGGAGUGCCCAGUUUGAGCACACACUGUUGGUGACUGAAACUGGUGUGGAGGUCCUCACAGCAAGGUUGCCAUCCUCUCCAAAUGUCUUUCCAUGGUUAGAUUCUUGAUCACAUCCUGCAUUGAGCAGCAUUAUACAAGUUUAUGAACAAUUUUUCGGGAGGUGAGGUCAGGAGAACAAUUCAUCCCUUAAAUCUGGGGGGAUGAUACUAUAUAGUUGCUUCUUUUUUCACCCUUGAUUACCAUUUCUUUCAUCAGCCUGUUGUGCUUUGUCAUUUAAACAUUAACUGAAGAUGAUUUUGGAUUUCUUGCAUUUGCUCUGCUGUGCUUGAUAAUUGUCAUAAUCUUUUUGAACUAUUCUGUUUUGAUUGAUUUUCCAUUUGUAACCUGUACUGUAUAAAAUCAAUAAAUGCGUACAUUUUUUUUU